AUGUCGCUCGCUCGGUUGUCGGUCUCGUUCUAUGACGUCACUUUUUUUGUCAUGGCCCGCUCUGGUGCCAUUUAUAUAUUGUAAAUUGUACUUGAUUUAGGUUUUGUCUUACUUUUAGUUUGUUUCUUGUUUUUGGUGUAAAAUAGUUUGGUUUAUUUAGAUUAUUUCUUAUUAAAAAGAUAAAUCCAAUGCUAACGUAAAGCAACAAGUCAAACAACAUAGUCGUUGAUUAGCAUGUUAGUGACGCUGAAAAGAUACUUGUUCUAAAAAUACCAAUCAAGUGAUUACUUUUUUUUUUAACUAAUUACGCCUGUCUGCCCACCUUAUAUUCAAGUGUUUAUUCGGCACAAGAAACACAAUAUUUUAAUUAUGAACUCCACUGCGAUUGCUACAUCAGCAGCAGAUUUCAGAAGGUGCUCUACGGAAACAAUUUUGAGCAUACAAGGAAGGGAAACAGAUUUUGUGGCAGACACCACUGACACCGAGAGUCUGGACAGCGACAGGGACUUGGAGUACGAGCCGGCUAGCGAAACCGAUGAUGAUGAGCAGGUGUUUACUGCCACGUCGGGCGAUGAUAGCGAGGAGGAAAUAAUAAAAACGAAAGUGAUCACUGUGACAAUGGGCGACAGUGGCGAAGUGGAGUUCGCCGACUCGGAGCAUACGGACGCUAAUGACACCGACAGCGAGAUCGACAUGCUGGGCUUCGAGCGGUGCGCGCUCUGCCACUCCACCGAGCUGGACAGCUUCUACAGAUACUGCGACAAGUGUUUCAAGGUACGUAAAAACUUGUUCCCGCCUCGACCGAAGCGGAAGAAGAAGCGAAAAGUGUCUAAAGACACCGGCGACUUAUUGCGUUGCCUAUCGCAAGACUCUGGGUUCGAAUCCCACAGUCAGAAGACUGAUAACGGGGAAGGGUUCUCGGCCGAUCCUCAUAAAUUAGCGUGCCGGAAACGACGCACAGACUCCAUCGACUCUAUAUUAUCCGAACCGGAAACUAAACGUAGAAAAUCCACCGUUGUCCAACCCCUCAUAAAAACCAUGAGCGAACCACCCACAGAAAUGUCCAAAAUUUCAGGAAAAGAUAACCUUUGUAUCACGUGUUGUGUGGAACCCAAGUCGGGCGUUUUCGCGCACGGGAAAAUAGCGCAUAUCUGCUGUUGCUAUAGGUGCGCUGUCAAAAUUUGGACUACGUCAAAGAGGUGUCCCAUUUGCAAUUGCAAAGUCAAUAACGUCUUGAGGGCAGUCGUCAUGUAAUAGUGACUUCAACAAUUUCUGUAAGCAAUAAAUCCUCAAAAAUCAAUGUAAAUAAUUCCAACAGCGAACUGUAAGUUUUAAUAUGAUUUUUGUGCAAUAAAUUUUUCGAAUGAUGAUUUGUAGAUGAUAGGUAUUUAUUGUCGACGAUUUUGUUGAAAUGCCUCUCGGAGCUAGGUUCUCAGGUUUAUAAUUAUUCCAUCUAAAAUGAUCUCCCGGAGGAUAGAUAGGAUAGUUUGAGGAUUUUACCAGAACCAUACAAACGUAUUCUUCAGUUUUCACAACAGAUUUUUAAGUUAGAAUACGCAGUUGUAAUUAAAAAAGUUAUAGGGUUUAUUUCCAUUAAAGCGGCCUUUGUAGAGCUGAGCUGAAAUAUACAUAGUUACCGCUUUAAUAGAAACAGUGGAACACCCUAAGUCAAUGGAAAUAAAUUUCGCCAGUUAUAAAAAAAUGUAAAAUUAAUUCUAUAUUUUAUUUUAUGCUUAGUGAAAACUGGAAUACGUUUAGGCAUACUGUUUCUGGUAUUUAUACUAUUACAAUUCGUAAAAUGGUCCACCGUAGCCAUAAUCAUAAUUUUCUGUUCUAAAAAUAUUAUUUUUAUGACUGCCAUUUAACAUUUGCGUGUACAUUUCUGCAGGAUCGCGGGAACUUAUAUUUUUUUUAAUGAAAUACAAGCAACAGCAGAUUUCAAAUAAAAAAAAAAUAUCUUUCGUGCAGAUAUUUAUUGUUAUUGCGGUUUUUUUCCUAGCUUUUGUUUAAAAUAUGUUUUUUCUUUUUAUUUAUUUAAAAUACAUUUUUUCUCUUUAUAUUUGCGUUGAAAUCUUUACCGUUUAAUAGAAUCUACGUUAUAACGAGCACUAACGAUAUUCGCCAUGGUUUACGCUUUCUUUACCUUCACUUAAUUUGUUUAAAUUUCCCAAAGUUAAAAGUUUAAAUGUCCAAAAUAAUUAUUACUCUUAAUCUAUGUUAAAAUUUUCAAUUAAAACUGUUAUAAAAUUGUUAAAACGAUCAUUGAAAAAAAAUAUUUAGGACUUUAUAACAAAAAUGUUAAAUUAUUUUUAGUCUUUCUAAAUUAGUUUUUGUAAAUCUGUACACCUAAUUCUCCCACCGGCAGGAAAUGCUUAAAAAGUCCUUAUAUUUUUCUUAUAAUUUUAAAAGUAUAUUUUCCAAUCUUGAAAAAAAAAUUACAAUAUUAUUAUUAGGUUAAAGUAGUCUAAAAUACCUUAGUUAGCAAUGUUCUUCCUAUUGUUAUGUCACUUGUAAUAAAAACCAACAUUUUUUAGUUUUAGGGCAUCAGUGUGUAUUAUAUGUAUGCUAUGUUAGUUUUCACAGAGUUAAUAUAUUGAAAUAUAGUGUAGGUAAUAACGUUGACAAAAAUAAUUUCUAAUUAAUGAUAGCAUUAAAAUAAUAAGAAAAAUAAUGCUUUUUUUUCUAUAUGCUUUUUGCUACAACUACUGAAUAGUAAAUAAAAGUAAUAUUUUUUUUAAUAUCAUAAUUUGUUUUGAUUUUGAGAUACAUUAAAGACAAAGUGUAAUGAAUACUUUUAAAAGUGUCAAUGUAAAAAUUAUUUAAAAUAAUAUUAAGGUAGAGGCUGAUCUGAAAUAUCUGCCCACCUAAUAAAUAGUCUAUAGAAUUAGUAAUUAAAAGAAGAAUUAUAAAAAGAAUCAUUUAUUUUUUUGUGUUAAAGUUUGCAGAAAAGGGCUUAGUUUAUAAAUAGGUUAGAGUGAAAAUGUAAAGAAAAGUUUAUUAUUAAAGUAAUCCUUAAUUGAUAUUUUAAUUAUGCUGCAUACGUUUUAAUAUUUGACUUACUGGCUAAAAUAAUGUUAUGUAUUUAUUGAGUGUUCUGUGAACCUAACAAUAUUCAUUUAAUUUAAAAUUUUGGUUUCUGUAAAAAAAAGUACAAAUGUACAUAUUUCUACUUUUAUUCCUUUUAAAUAGGUACCAAAAAUUAUAAUUUUGAAAAUAAUGAAUUUUAAGUUUUAUUUUUUGUCAAAAAUGUAAAUAUAUUUUUUGCAGCAUAAUUAGCCUGUCAAUUGAUGACAAUUAUUUGUAAAAAAAAAAUGGCAUAACAUUAGGAGAAUGUUGCUUUUAAUUCAGAUAAUAAUGCGCUAAAAUAACUGUGAUAAAACUGAUCAAUAAGUUUAAAUUGCAAAUAAAAAACUUAAAUCAU